AUGUUGUGGCCCUUUCUUUCAUUUUCUAUAUCGACUGCUUCAAAGCUGAUUGGACUUCUAGCUGACUGUCUUUGUCGUAAGCCCGCAAUGCUAGCAGAGGAAUCACAGCUGCCGUGUCUCCCUGAAUACGACGUUUUCUUAGGUGGUUCUUGCGGAACUACGGUAUGGCGCCGUCAACUUGUUAUUCCAUUUUUGAAAAAGAAAGCGAUAUCAUAUUACGAUCCUCAAAGGAGCGUCUGGAGUGAAAACAUGAUUUAUGAAGAGAGUAUAGCUAAGGAGAGAUCAUCCCUGUUCCUGUUUGUCAUAGAUCCUGCAACUGUCAACGCUACAUCUUUUCUUGAAAUAGCUUACUUCGCUGCUAGGAAAUCACCGAAAUUAGUUGUUGUGUUUCUGGGAAAAACAGAAUGGAAGCAAAGAGCUCACCCAUUUGAUUUGCCAGACAGAAAUAGAACAUGCUUACUUCUCGAUAGAAUAUUGGAUGCUCACGAUGUUCCAAUGCUUUACAGCAUACAGGAUGCGCUGGAUUAUAUCGAGGAAGAAAUAAUUGGAAACAAAAGGUGGACAGAGGUCCUAUGUAUACCUUGCCAACGCCUAUCAUAUCUGUCGCUUCGAACAAAACGGAUGGUUCGAGCUGCUCAUUAUACCGCCCGUGGAGCGUGGCUACGUGUGCGAUCGUUUGCGCGAAGAGUGACUCUUGCUGGUGCUGCUGACAUGGUUAUAUUUAUUGCCUGCCAGAUGAUUGCACCUAAUGUUCCUAUACAUUUUAUUCUCAUACCCCUGUUAUUACUGAGCCUCGCUAUUAUUUUUGUUAGUGAAAGGUGGCAUCGCUAUCGUUUGCAUUGUCCGCAUACUGUUACUGAUUCUUCUCAUAUCUUAUCCCGAACUGCUGCAACUAUUCCUUCACCGUAUUUAGCAACUGUUGCCACACCACUCAAUCUCGUACAUGCGAGGAGCAAUCGUAAGUUCAACCAUUAUGAUUUUUUAGUGGCACGAUCGAAGAGAUUCUGUGAUGGCAUCGUUGAUGAUAGCUCUUCUUCUUUCGUCGUGCCAGAUUUGUUGCGACGUCGUGUUCAUUACAGACAGAUGAUUAACGUAUCAUCUACAACGAUAGAGCUGGCAUCGAGUGCACACGACGAAACUGCAUGGUUGAAUAGAGUGGUCGUACCACAUAUGGAGUAA